AUGAGAAUAUCACAAUCUUCGACUACUAAAGAGAAGCCAAAAGCCAGAGAACUUCCCUGCCUAUUCAGUUACAUAGUUAGCAAAUAUAAUGAACUUGGCUUAAGAUCUUGUAAAACGAAGGAAUCACAGACCUGGAGGAAUGCUGAUACUUCAGAAGUGACUAAACGGCUUAGAUUAUAUGAAGAUUUUAUGUCUGAAUUAAAACUUUACUUGAAUCCUUAUGCAAUUUGUGAAAAACACUAUAAUCAAGUUAUAUCCACUAAUUAUUUUUAUCGGCAUCUUUUAGAUAACCCUAAUUCCAGUAAUCCUAUUUCUAUUAACGAUUCUAAUAUCCGCGAAGAAGAGUAUAAACAAGCAAUUGCUGAAUUGCAACAAAAACUAGAAGAACAAAGAAUCAACGAAUAUAUAGUGGUGUCAAAAUUUACAACAGCAGAUAGAAGAUAG